CUCCCACCCACUCCCCGACGAAGUUGAAACGAAGCACGGACGAUCGCGAACCGAUCCACAGCGCAGCUCCAACUGGGGGACCGUCGAUGUUUAUGAAACACCGUUUUCGAUUUAGUCCCUAGUUCGCAUAGUUUGUGUCAAUAUCGCUUCGAUUCUUUCGCUCCUCGCCCGCUCGUCCGACGAGAGAUAAACUCUGAGUAAUCGCGCGUUAUACGGCCCUCUAGCUGUGCGGAGGAAUCACGGCUUCUUGUGUUUGUGGUUAGUGCGCCUAGUUAAGAGUUAGUAACGUUCGCAGAGUAACCGAGAGUGUUCAGGGUUUUGUAUUAUUGGAACAGAGUAGCAGCGUCGGUGCGUAACCAGAGUAUCUCGUGAUCAGAGAAUUUGUGUGAAAGUGUGCCCCCCGAAAAAAAAAAAAACAGUAACCGCGCGUGAGUGCGUUAGUUUGACCAGUACCUUCGCCGCAGUUUCGCAGGCUCCUGGCGGUGAACGACAGAAUUGUGUGCAUUGUGUGAAGUGAAAAAUUGAAGGACGCCAACCAACAGCGGUACGGAUCGCGCGCUCGCUCACUUUUUACUACAACUACUGCUACGCGACAGCUGAAGGACGACUCGAACCUCGAACGUCGACAGGUCGGAACGACACGUCACGAACGGAAAGAACGGAAGUGAACGCACGGAGCAGCUUCAAAAUGGUAAGUUACGACAAAGCCAACAGAGCUAAUGCCACGGCGACGAGGAAGCAACAAGUACCUAUGUACCUACGGCGAAGAUGGCGGCUACCAUUCGAACAUUUUCCACCCCAUUUACGUUAACGCCACGGAUACUUAGAAUAGCGAUAGUAUUAUGCAUCAUCGUCGCAAUCUUCUCACAAACCACAGAUAGUGCUCAAACAAAACGAAGAAUACGACGACCAACUAGUCUCAAAUCAACGACCGUCAAACAGAGCGUAGAAGAUAAUCAAAUUCCAGUGAAGAAGGUUGCCCAGGAUCGGUCCGAUCAAGCUCCGGCCUCCGCCACGAACAGAUUCCGGGUGCGAUCGAAAACGCGCGGGGGUCUAGCGGCCGGAGCCGCAGCCGGCGGAGCUGCUGCCAUCAUUGCCGGUGCCUCCACCAAUGCCCUGGUCACCAAGAAGGUCCAGGAUAAGGAUGGAUACAAGAUCGUGUGCUACUACACCAACUGGUCCCAGUACCGAACCAAGCUCGGCAAGUUUGUCCCGGAGGAUAUUCCGGCUGAUCUCUGCACUCACGUCAUCUUUGCCUUCGGUUGGCUCAAGAAGGGCAAGCUCAGCUCGUUUGAGAGCAACGAUGAAACCAAAGACGGUAAGACCGGUCUGUACGAUCGGAUGAUGACACUGAAGAAGGCCAACCCUAAACUGAAGAUCCUUUUGGCCAUCGGUGGUUGGUCGUUUGGAACCCAGAAGUUCAAGGAAAUGUCCGCUACCCGGUAUGCGCGUCAGACCUUCAUCUACUCAGCUAUUCCGUUCCUGCGGCAGCGUAACUUCGACGGAUUGGAUAUGGAUUGGGAGUACCCGAAGGGUUCGGAUGACAAGAAGAACUUCGUGUUGCUGCUGAAGGAGUUGCGUGAGGCUUUCGAGGCUGAAUCUCAGGAAAUCCGUCAACAGAGGCUGUUGCUGACCGCUGCUGUCCCAGUUGGUCCGGACAAUGUUCGUGGAGGAUAUGACGUUCCAGCCGUGGCUAGCUAUCUGGACUUCAUCAACCUGAUGGCGUACGAUUUCCACGGAAAAUGGGAACGCGAAACUGGACACAAUGCUCCUCUGUACGCUCCAUCCUCGGACUCGGAAUGGCGUAAGCAAUUGUCGGUAGACUACGCUGCAGCUUUGUGGGUUAAGUUGGGUGCUCCCAAGGACAAACUGGUCAUCGGUAUGCCUACGUAUGGACGAUCCUUUACGCUGUCCAACACUGAUCGAUACAAGGUCAACUCGCCGGCUAGCGGUGGUGGUAAGGCUGGAGAAUAUACGAAGGAAUCUGGAUUCUUGGCCUAUUACGAAAUUUGCGAAAUGCUGUUGAACGGUGCUGCGUACAUUUGGGACGAGGAGAUGAAGGUUCCGUACAUGGUUGAUGGGGAUCAGUGGGUUGGUUUUGACGAUGAACGUUCGAUCCGUAACAAGAUGACCUGGAUCAAGACGAACGGAUUCGCCGGGGCUAUGGUGUGGACCGUGGACAUGGAUGACUUCAGCGGAACUGUGUGCGGUGGAAACGUCAAGUACCCGCUGAUUGGAGCUAUGCGCGAGGAGCUGCGAGGUGUCAGCCGAGGCAAGGAAGCCAAGGACGUCAACUGGUCUGAGGUCGCUGCUACUAUUCAGGAGAAGGAGGAAGAGAAACCGGCACCGAUCAAGAUUUCCGUCGAUGAAGUGCUGAAGAAGGUCCAGAAACCGCAAAAGAAGAUCAUCAAGCAAGGAUUGGCUACCAUCGAGAAGAAUUCUCGUCCAGGACAAGUCUUCUGUUAUCUGACCAGUUGGUCCGCUAAGCGCCCUGGUGCCGGAAAGUUCGAACCCAAGGAUAUUGAUGCCAAGCUGUGCACGCACGUUGUCUACGCUUUCGCUACGCUGAAGGAUCACAAAUUGACCGAAGCCAACGAGAACGAUCCGGACAUGUACGAUGAGGUUAUUGCCCUGCGUGAGAAGAACCCUGAUCUGCAGAUCCUUCUGGCUAUCGGAGGAUGGGCCUUCGGAUCUACUCCGUUCAAAGAGUUGACCUCAAAUGUGUUCCGCAUGAACCAGUUUGUGUAUGAAGCUAUCGAAUUCCUACGUGAGUAUCAGUUCAACGGCUUGGAUGUCGACUGGGAGUACCCUCGUGGGGCGGACGAUCGUAAGGCCUAUGUUGACUUGCUGCGUGAACUGCGUAUCGCCUUCGAGGGUGAGGCCAAGACCGCUGGACAACCCCGGCUGCUGCUGACGGCUGCUGUCCCUGCCUCGUUUGAAGCCAUCGCUGCUGGAUACGAUGUUCCGGAGAUUUCCAAGUACCUUGACUUCAUCAACGUUAUGACUUACGAUUUCCACGGACAAUGGGAACGCCAGGUUGGACACAAUUCUCCGCUGUACCCGCUGGACACCGCCUCCACCUACCAGAAGAAGCUGACUGUGGACUUCAGCGCUCGCGAAUGGGUUAAACAGGGAGCUCCCAAGGAGAAGCUGUUGAUCGGUAUGCCUACCUAUGGACGAUCCUUCACGUUGGUUAACCAGACACAGUUCGACAUCGGCGCUCCGGCUUCCGGAGGUGGUUUACCUGGAAAGUUCACCAACGAGGCUGGAUUCCUGAGCUACUACGAAAUCUGCGCCUUCCUGGGAGUGGACAAUACAACGCUGGUGUGGGACUCGGAACAACAGGUGCCAUUUGCCUACCGCCAAGACCAGUGGGUCGGAUUCGACGACGAGCGAUCCCUCAAGACAAAGAUGGAAUGGUUGAAAGACAUGGGUUUCGGUGGAAUCAUGGUCUGGUCUGUCGAUAUGGAUGACUUCUCUGGUCGCUGCGGAGCCGGCAAGUUCCCACUGUUGAACGUGCUGAACGAAGAACUCAAAGACUACAAGGUGCAGCUGGAGUACGACGGACCUUACGAGUCGUACGGACCACGUGGAGCCUACACCACCAAGGAUCCCAACGAAGUCGUUUGCGCCGAGGAAGAUGGCCACAUCAGCUACCAUCCGGACAAGAGCGACUGUACCCACUAUUUCAUGUGCGAAGGAGAACGCAAGCAUCACAUGCCCUGCCCUGCCAACUUGGUGUUCAACCCCAACGAGAACGUCUGCGAUUGGCCCGAGAAUGUCGAAGGUUGCCAGCAGCACACGCAGUCUCCCCCAGCUGCCUAAUUCUAGACCCCUAAGGUCUAUUGCAUUGCUAGCAUAAUCGCGAUAAACACAAACACUUUUCUCCUUCCCUUUAGCCGCACCUUUAUUUCCUUAGAUGUAGCAAUAGUAAGACAAUAAUUAUGAUGAAUUCGUUACUGCCAAUCCAAGCUAGAGAGAGCCUCAAAAGUUAUGUAACAGAAAAUACUCUGCAUUCGGUUGUCUUCGGGUGAAAUGCUACUCUUAGACAACCAAUCGAUCGAAUAACUGUUGUAAAUAUCUUCAUGUAUCUCUAAAUAACCAAGAAGCACCCGACAACAAAACUGCCAAUCCGUUUAGAAACUUUUCUACUGCCAUUUACUUUGCUCGCUAUCUUACCGGAUGCAACAACGGAACGAAAUUUAUUUAUGUACACAAUUCAUUUAAUACCACAAAAUCGACAAAAACUUUUUCAUAAAAAAACAUCAAAAACCGAACACCCUUCUAUUUUUACGACCCUAUUGUUUAUCAAGUACUAUUUAUAUAAAACCACUAAGCAAGCAAACACUUACGUUUAAGUAUUGUUAAAAAGAAAUAGUACGAAUAACAGACAAGCUAAGCGAACAACAAACAUCAAUAAUGAAUCAAGUUAAAUUCUUCAAUCGGUAGAAAAUAUAAAAAUAUUCGAAAACAACAGCAGACAAGCACACAAACACUUGCGCAAAAAAAAAAUGCGAUCUGCCUUUCGAGCUUAGAACACUGUUGAACUCGUACGAUUAGAAGUUUACCCUAGAAACUACGAACCACAAACCCCCUUCGAGAUCGGAACCAUAUUUUUAUAAUUCCACAAAUUGGCAACCUCUGUGUAAAUGUGUUUUUGAGUAGAUGUAUAAAAUCUGUGAUAAUUAAGUGUAUAUACAAAAAAAAAUAAACGCAACAAUACGGAACGAAACACAUCCAAGCCAAUAAGCCAACCAAUCAACAACAUCCAGCGCGAAUUCAUGCAUGUGUGCGUGUCCACAGCUACCCCCCGCGAAGAAGCUCCGCUAAAGCAACAGAAACACAAAAUUAGAUAAAAAUCAGCACCGCUGUCCAGCGAGUGGAAGAUGAAUGAGCUGCACAUUUUCUGUUUUUUUUAGGAAAAUGAAGAUCGAGUGGCAGGAGCAGUUGCAUUAGAUCUUCCCCGAACUGGGCGAUGGUCGGGUUAAGUUUGUUUUGUUCAUAAUAAGAUUUAAAUAGGGAAUGAAACUGCACCGUGAAUGUUUGAAGCAAUGGAGGAAGUCGAAACGAAAAGCGCCGAAGAAAACAAACGCUAGCGGAAGUGCAGCCAGCUAGAGCGAACGCUAUAUAAUACGAAUACAAAAUGAAAACAGAGAAAAAACGUUGACUAAGUGUAAAAUAUAUUGAUGUAACGUACGAGACAAUUUAGAGUUAUUUUUAAAUAAAGAAUUAUUUAAAUUCAAAA